AUGCAUGCUCGUGAUUGGCUCUUGGUCUUGAUAGGCUUCUUCAUUCCUCCUAUUCCCGUGUUGGUGAAGAGGGGAAUUGCAUCGCCUGAUUUCUGGAUCAACAUUUUGUUGUGUCUUCUUGGCUUUAUUCCUGGUUUACUUCACUGCUAUUACAUCAUUCUGUGCUACCCUUACAGUGAGUCCUAUGUAAGCUUGGGAGGUGACAACGGGGCUACUUACGGUUCUACUGGUUAA